CGGCGGACCCACAGUGUUUACACGUGUUUUUUGCUUGAGGGAUGUUUAUAAACUCAUGGUCACAUUUGAAACGACAUAUAUGAAAUUGCAAUUAAACGCAAAAGCUUGUUGUUAUCCAGACCUGCAGCCAGAAUGGGAAAACUGAGGAAGAAACACAACUGGAAAGGAAGACAGCAGAGUGAGCCUGAAAAAGUAGAAGAUGGAAAAACACAGGUUAUAGUUGAAUUAGAAGAUGGAGGCAGACUGAAAGGUGUGGAUGAAAGCAAUGCUUUAGUCCUUCCAGCCAGUAAAGCUAAGAAAAACAAGAACUCUUCACAAAAAGUUGUUUCUAGGAAAAGGCCUUUGACUAAGAAGCAGAAGAAAGAGCUACAGAAGGUGUUGGAGCGAAAGGAGAAGAAAGCUCAGAGAGCAGAAAUCCUGAGCAAACUGGCUGAGGUGCAGCUUCCAGAGUCUGAGCUGAAGCUUCUGUACACAACGUCCAAACUGGGAACAGGAGACAAGCUCUACCAGAGUAAACUGUCAUCGGAUGAGCUGAAAGAUGGAGAAGUGGCUCCUAAGGUCAGCAGCAUCAGUGGUGCAAACAGAAAGAGAAAAUGGAAAGAAGAGGAGGAGGAAGAGGACGAUGAACAGCAAAAAUCUGAAGAAAGUAGUGAUUUGGACACUUCGUCUGAGGAGGAGGAGGAGGAGGAGGAUGGAGUGAAGGUCACCACAGAGACGAGUGAACCUAAAGAAACCAACCCGUCUUGUGAGGAGACAAAGCCCAAGAACGAAGUGACAGCAGAGAAGAACGAGAAGGACAUUUCCGAAAAGAAAAAGCUUUCAGAGCCAGCGGUUUUUGUUCCUGUUGACAGAUCACCAGAAGUCCAGGAGGCUCGUCUAAAGCUGCCCAUACUGGCAGAAGAGCAGGUGAUCAUGGAGGCCGUGAGGGAAAACCCCUGCACGGUGAUCUGUGGAGAAACUGGGAGUGGAAAGACCACACAAGUCCCUCAGUUCCUCUAUGAAGCUGGCUAUGCCAGCAGCAGUGGGACGAUCGGCAUCACCGAGCCGAGGAGAGUCGCAGCGGUCAGCAUGUCUCACAGAGUGGCCAAAGAGAUGAACCUGCCCACACGGGUGGUAUCAUACCAGAUCCGAUAUGAAGGCAACGUGACAAGUGACACGAAGAUCAAGUUCAUGACAGAUGGGGUCCUGCUGAAGGAGAUCCAGAAGGACUUUCUACUCCAGAAGUACAGUGUGAUCAUCAUCGACGAGGCGCACGAAAGGAGCGUCUACACGGACAUCCUCAUCGGAUUACUGUCGCGUAUCGUACCGCUCAGAAACAAGAAAGGGAUGCCCAUGAAGCUGAUGGUCAUGUCCGCCACUCUGCGAGUUGAGGACUUCACAGAAAACCAGAAACUGUUUCGCAACCCCCCGCCUGUGGUCAAGGUCGACGCUCGUCAGUUCCCGGUCACCGUCCAUUUCAACAAACGCACGCCACUGGAGGAUUAUACCGGAGAGGCCUUCCACAAGACCUGCAAAAUCCACCGCAUGCUGCCUCCAGGAGGUAUCCUGGUGUUCCUGACAGGUCAGGCUGAGGUCCACGGUCUCUGCAGGAGACUCAGGAAAGCUUUUCCCUACAGGAGGGGGAACACAGCUGAACGUGAGGAUGGAGACACAGCCGACGACAUGAAGAAGUUCAAGAAAACCAAACACAAGGAGACUGUGUCUCUUCCCCGAAUCGACUUGGAUAACUACUCUGCUCUGCCUCUGGAUGAGGGAGACGAGGACAGGGAGGCGGGCAUCGGGGAUGAAGAGGACGGCGACUCGGACCUCGACCUUGGAGACGAUCCCGUCGGGACAGAGGAUAAAUGUGACCCAUCCAUCCCUCUUUAUGUCCUCCCACUCUACUCCCUGUUGGCUCCGGAUCAGCAGGCGAAGGUGUUCAGGCCUCCUCCGCCCGGUACACGUCUCUGUGUGGUCGCCACCAACGUAGCCGAGACAUCUCUGACCAUUCCAGGCAUCAAAUACGUGGUCGACUGCGGUCGAGUCAAGAAACGAUUCUAUGACCGAGUCACAGGAGUGUCGUCCUUUAAAGUGACGUGGACCUCGCAGGCGUCGGCCAAUCAGAGAGCAGGAAGAGCGGGGCGAACGGAGCCAGGGCAUUGCUACAGGUUGUAUUCCUCUGCUGUGUUUGGAGACUUCAGCCUGUUCUCAGAGGCAGAGAUCACUCGCAGACCCGUUGAAGACCUGGUUCUACAGAUGAAAGACCUCAACAUAGACAAGGUGAUCAACUUUCCUUUUCCAACGCCUCCUUCCUUUGAGGCUCUUGUUGCAGCAGAGGAGCUACUGAUCUCUUUAGGAGCUUUGGAGGAGCCGCCGCGCUCAGGGAGAGUGAAGGAGAUGCAGCAGGCGAGGCUGAGCUGUCCCAUCACGCCACUGGGUCGGGCUAUGGCUUCCUUCCCCGUCUCACCUCGCUACGCAAAGAUGUUAUCCCUCGGGAAGCAGCAGGACUGCCUGCCGUACGUCAUCGCUGUGGUGGCAGCCAUGACUGUUCGGGAGCUUUUUGAAGACCUCGACAGACCUGCAGGAAGUGAAGACGAAAGCUCCAAGCUGGCCCAGCGUCGAGCUCGACUCACCCAAAUGAGGAGGUUGUGGGCGGGGCAAGGAGCCUCGCUUCUUCUGGGUGACCUCAUGGUUAUGUUGGGUGCUGUCGGUGCUUGUGAAUUUGCUGGCUGCUCUCCGAAGUUUUGUGAGGACAAUGGACUGAGGUACAAGGCCAUGGUGGAGAUCAGGAGACUUCGAGGUCAACUCACCAACGCCGUCAACGCCGUGUGUCCAGAGGUGGGCGUGUUUGUAGAUCCUAAGAUGACUCCUCCCACAGAACAUCAGGUGGUUUGUUUGAGGCAGAUUGUCCUGGCGGGACUUGGUGAUCAUCUUGCAAGGCGUGUCCAAGAAGAAGAACUGCUGGACCCUAAAUGGAAGAAUGGGUACAAAACUCCUCUUUUGGAUGAUCCAGUGUUUAUUCAUCCCAGUUCUGCCCUGUUCAAGAAGCUGCCAGAGUUUGUGGUCUACCAGGAGAUUACGGAGACGUCUAAAAUGUACAUGAGAGGGGUUUCAGCCGUUGAGGCAGAGUGGGUCCCACAGCUUCUGCCUCAGUACUGCCACUUUGGGGCUCCUUUAGAGUCUCCUCUGCCCUGGUUCUGCUCCUCCUCUGGCACCGUCCGUUGUCACUGCCCGAGCACAUUUUUCCGUGUGGGUUGGCAGCUGCCUGCUGUGGAGAUGGAGUAUCCAGAGGGGCUGGAGCGAUACAAACUGUUUGCUAGGUUCUUUCUUGAGGGACAGGUUAGUCCCAAACUGAAGAAACACUGUGAUUAUCUUCUUUCCAACCACUCCAUCAUGUUGAAAACGUGGGCAAAAUUGCAACCCAGAACAGAAGCUUUACUGGGCCCUUUGGUGUCAAAGAAGGUCGACUGCAGGGAUGCUCUCCUUUCCAUCUGGAAGACUGACGAUAAAUUUCUGUUGUCUGCCUACUGUCAGUGGUUACCUGAAUCUGUUCACCAGGAAGUUGCAAAUACUUGGCCUCCUGCAUAGAUACAAACGUCAGACGAGCAAAGAACAACAUGAAUGAACGCCUGUUGAUUGACGUCUGUAAGAUCUAUUUCCCUCAACUUCUGUAGUCUUUCAAAGAGAAACUCCUAAACAAAGACGGCAACCUUUGUCUUUUUUGUAUUUUCUUAACAUCCAAAAUAAUUUUCAUCUUGUUUUCUGUUGUGACUGUUUUUAACUCUGUGCUGCUAACAUUUAGCUGUAUCAAAGACUUGUAAAAAAUGUACGCAUCUGAAUGCAAAUAAAACUAUUAUACCUUUGAAA